UGGCUGAGUGAACCGGCUCGUCCUUCCCGUUUGGCUUUGCUAGGUGACUGGGUGACGGAGGUUGGCCGGGAAGGCUGACUUUGCGCGGGGUGUGCUGGCCGGCGCCUCGCCUUUGCCUUUGCGCUUUGUACCCAACGGCGCGCGCGAGCGGCCGCGCUCAGGUGCGGUGGGAGGGUCUGCGCUCUCCUUUCACUUUCUCCGGUCGCCAAAGCGGACACCUGGGGACGGAACCACAGCUCCCACCAGGCCAGCGAGGCAGGAGGACGGAAAAGGAAAGCUCGGAGAAGAAGUGAACAUUACCUGCUAGCAGAGUUUCUGUGAUGAUACAGACUUGUCCUUUUCGGGCUUUCGAGAAAACCCGAAACUAAAACGGGAAGAAAUGGAGAAGGGUGCUAUAAGGCAGGAACAGUCUGCAGCCAGUCAAAUCUGAUCGCCAAAUGCUAUCAGGUUUCGUGUAUUUUUACGACACGCUGGAGGAGGAGGACACCCAACACAGCACCAUGUGAAGCACAGUUGAAAGGCCCAGGGAUAUUUGCCUUGAGGGGAUGUGCUUGCUGCUUCAAAUAUCUGACGGGCUGUCAUGUGGAAUAGGAAUCUGCCAAGUCCGGGCACAGCACGAGGGUCAACAGAUGGAAACUCCAGAGAGAUAGAAUUCAACCCCAUGUCCGUUCUAGGUGGCAACAGCCAUGCAAUUCUCCAGCUCAUCCAGGGCAGCAGAUGAGAAUUUUGACUAUUUGUUCAAGAUUAUCCUCAUUGGGGAUUCCAAUGUGGGGAAGACGUGUGUGGUGCAGCAUUUCAAAUCUGGGGUCUACACGGAGACGCAGCAGAACACGAUUGGGGUGGAUUUCACUGUGCGCUCCCUUGAGAUUGAUGGCAAGAAAGUGAAGAUGCAAGUGUGGGACACAGCAGGCCAGGAGCGCUUCCGGACCAUCACGCAAAGCUACUACCGCAGCGCCCACGCGGCCAUCAUCGCCUAUGACCUCACCCGACGCUCCACCUUUGAGUCUGUUCCUCACUGGAUCCACGAGAUAGAAAAAUAUGGCGCGGCGAACUUGGUCAUUAUGCUGAUUGGGAACAAGUGUGACAUGUGGGAAAAACGGCAUGUCCUGUUUGAAGAUGCCUGCACGCUGGCUGAGAAACACGGCCUCCUUGCUGUUCUGGAAACAUCUGCUAAAGAGUCUAAGAACAUAGACGAGGUCUUCGUGCUGAUGGCCAGGGAGCUGAUUGCCCGCAACAGCCUGCACUUGCUUGGUGAGAGCCCCCUGAACAACCUGGCCAUGGGUUCCAGGCCGGUUCUUAUGGCCCAGGGGCCGAAGGAGAAGACCCACUGCAUGUGCUGAAUAUGCCCUCGAGGCCAGCUGCACACACCGGACGCCUGAUGUCAGAAACCAAAGUUGGCCGGAUAUCCUGUUGUCGGCCCAGAGCAUCUCAGACCAAAGCACAGACUUGCCUCUGGCCCUAACCCCACCCCCUGGAUGGGGAGCACCAUUGCCUUGAUUCACACCUGAGGCCAGAACUGCGGACUCUGAGGAAGAGGACACCACUGUUUCUUUGGAUCCCGCCUAGGGCUUAAGGCACAGGGGUAGGAGGACAAGAUCUGCUUUUUCAGCCUUCCAUUUUCUGUCUCCCCAACCCUUCAACGGCUUUCUACUGAAUUCUGCUUCUCACUCAAAGAAGAGGGUAGUGAAGGAAAGAGGAAAGGAGGCAUAUCAAGAGGGGGGAGGAUGUUUAAAACAUACCAGGGCAGUUUAUAGCAGCUCUGGCAAGGGAGGAUGGAAAAAAAACCCUGCAGUGAUAAACCAGAAUGCUGCUGACAUUCACAUCUCAGGUCUUUACCUUGGGGGGCGAAGCCUUUGACAGAAAGACCAUCAACACUGUUUUGCCGAAUGGUCAAGUGCCAUGUGAUGGAGACAGAAUGGGAUCUCACUUUAUCCUAGUUAGAUUGCUUUGACCACCCUCCUAGAAUGCGGGAGAUGCCUACAGUUUCCUUUCUAAAAUACCACAUUACCUGCUGGAUAAAAACUCACUUCUGAAUUGCAAUUAAAUGGGUUCAUAGAUGAAUUUCAAGACAAAAGUGACCUCACUGUGUGGCCCCUGUGCAUGCCCCGGACCCUCCAACACCUGUGAGAAAUAUACGCCGUUUUUUCGAA